AAAUUCUUCCCCCUUCUUCUCCUGCCAGCUCUUCCAGUGCCACAACCAUGGCGGGGGCGAUUUCGAUGGCAUACCAGAACAGUUCGUCAUCGCCGGACUGGCUGAACAAGGGCGACAACGCGUGGCAGAUGACAUCGGCGACCCUCGUCGGUCUGCAGAGCAUGCCUGGGCUGGUGAUCCUGUACGGAAGCAUUGUCAAGAAGAAGUGGGCCAUCAACUCGGCGUUCAUGGCGCUCUAUGCCUUCGCUGCCGUCUGGAUCUGCUGGGUAGUCUGGGCAUACAACAUGUCCUUCGGCGACCGCCUCCUGCCCUUCUGGGGCAAGGCGCGGCCGGCACUCGGGCAGAACUUCCUUGUGGCGCGGUCUGAGCUCACCGCCACCGCCAUGCACUACCGUGACGGGUCACUUGAGGCGGACAUGCUCAAGCCGUUGUACCCAGCCGCCACCAUGGUGUACUUCCAGUGCAUGUUUGCCAGCAUCACUGUCAUCAUCCUCGCCGGCUCACUGCUUGGGCGCAUGAACAUCAAGGCCUGGAUGGCCUUUGUGCCGCUCUGGAUCACCUUCUCUUACACGGUCUGCGCCUUCUCGCUCUGGGGUGGAGGCUUCCUCUUCCAGUGGGGUGUCAUAGACUACUCCGGCGGCUAUGUCAUCCACCUCUCCUCUGGCAUCGCUGGCCUCACUGCAGCCUACUGGGUUGGACCAAGAUCAGCAUCAGACAGGGAGCGAUUCCCACCCAAUAACAUAUUGCUAGUUCUAGCAGGGGCAGGGCUGCUGUGGCUUGGAUGGACAGGCUUCAAUGGAGGAGACCCAUACUCAGCUAAUAUUGACUCAUCCAUGGCAGUUCUCAACACGCAUAUCUGCGCAUCCACCAGCCUACUCGUGUGGACGAUCCUGGAUGUCUUCUUCUUCGGGAAGCCGUCGGUAAUUGGCGCAGUGCAGGGCAUGAUCACUGGCCUGGUAUGCAUCACCCCUGGUGCAGGCCUGGUACAAGGUUGGGCAGCUAUAGUGAUGGGAAUCCUUUCUGGUAGCAUUCCAUGGUACACCAUGAUGGUACUGCACAAGAAAUGGUCAUUCAUGCAGAGGAUUGAUGACACACUUGGUGUCUUCCACACCCACGCAGUGGCUGGGUUCCUUGGUGGCGCCACUACUGGACUCUUUGCUGAGCCCAUCCUUUGCAGUCUCUUCCUCUCCAUCCCCAACUCUAAAGGUGCAUUCUAUGGUGGUGUCGGUGGAUCACAGUUUGGGAAGCAGAUUGCUGGUGCACUCUUUGUCACUGCAUGGAAUAUUGUUAUCACUUCCGUCAUAUGUGUUAUCAUCAGCCUAAUCCUUCCCCUCCGUAUAGCUGAUCAACAGCUGCUUAUUGGAGAUGACGCUGUACAUGGUGAGGAGGCAUAUGCUAUCUGGGCAGAGGGAGAGCUCAAUGAUAUAACCCACCACAACGAGAGCACACAUAGUGGUGUCUCUGUAGGAGUGACACAGAAUGUUUGAACAGUACCCACUUUAUUGAGGAAAAAGAAAUAGAACUGUUUUUUUUUCAGUUAUCGAUUGAUGGAACAGAAACACCAGCAAAUGAGAAGAGAAAUAUAUAUAUAUAUGGAGGGGAAAACAGAUAAUUAGCUUAUUCCUCCCUCAUAUUAUAG